CAACAACCCACCACCCAUCGGCUUUUGCUUUUGACCGCUGUCUGGCGUGCCUUGCUUACAAUGAGCAAGUAAGCGUUGUCUGCUGCGGCCCAGCGCAACAUUUAUGAGGAGCAAGAGACAGCAAGCCAGGCCAUGUUGACUCUCCCCUCCGACUCGCGCCCCCACCUGGUUUUCCCUAUGGAUGGUGAUGCAAUGCCUCCCCAUCCUUUCUGUAGUGCACCCCCCCACAGUGAGCCUCCACCACCUCUCCUCCUCCCCCUUCCCUCCAUCACUCCCAGCGCAAGCGAUGGCACGAUGGGCCACAACAGGAGUGGUCAAAUCCAAGCAAUCCAAGCUCAGGGCGCUCAGGAGGAGGAGGAGGAGGAGACUCCGUCCACAUACAAUCCGUCCUUCUUCAAGAGACACGACAACAAUACGGUGCAAGUGUCUCAGUCCAAGCAGCCGAGCGUUGAAAACACACUUGAAGAUGACAAACACAAGCGGGAUGUCUGUGAUUUUACCUCUGCGGCCGAGUUCCAAAAUACGGACAAAGACAAGCGUCCGUUGGAUCGUUUGGAUUUGCUGAACCGCGCCGCGGAUGCGAGCGUCCCCGCCGGCUGGUUGACGGGCCCCCUGUUCCAGUCCUUCAAGUCCAAGAUGGCCAGUUUCACAGAAAUAGUCAUGAGUCCCGCCAAGCUCUUCAAGGAUAAAAACCUAUCGACUCCAAAAGCUCAACUGGACCAGUCCGUUUACCCGGAGCCUCGGGAAAAUGGCGAAGGGGACGGAAAUGAGAGCUCGUGUACCGGAAGUGACCCUGACCGUCCUCGGAGAUUAUUUAGCACGUCACCUUUGCCGUCAAGACAGGAGCGCUCACUCUUAGAGGAGCCUCCAGUUAAGACAGCUGACGUGAUGGAGGAGGCAAACGUGGAGAAGAGGCCACUCUUUCAUUCCUGCACCGUUCAGCUGGAGCAUCUUCACUGCGUCUCUCACCGUGAAAGCGGCAGCGUGGACGCCGCCUGCCAUCGUACUAACUCGCUUUCCGUGCCAUCCGGAAGGACGGCGAGCGCCCGGGUCCGGGUCGAGAGGAAGAGACUGAAGAGUGAAAAGGAUGUCGCCGAAGCCCCGCCGCUCAAACAGAAAAUGCCGUCCACAGUUUCAGGCGGACAAGAGGCGCUCAAACCUGCCGCCAAGUGGCGCAAAGCGCAAGGAGACCAGCGCAGCCAUGGCAGCCGCAAACGCAAGUCGCUGGUCCCGCAGCCGUCCUCUUGCGUCCAUCCGCAGGCGGCGGCGGCGACUAAAAGCAACGGCGCCCUCGCCGCGGGGCGCGGCGGGCCCACCAAGAGAGCCAAAAAGGCCGCAAAGACUCAAGCGCCGCUGUCCACAGAAGCACUUUACUUUGAAAUGACUCCUUUUGAAGGGAACCAGUCACAAUGUAGCCAGUUGAACCUCAACGCCGACGGCAGGUUAUGCCACGGGGCGCUUGACGAGGAGCGGCUCGGCUCCAGGAGCUCCCGCUUCAGUCACUUUCAGGCCCACAACGGGACAACCUCGACCGCUGCGGGGGAGAUUCCGCCGUCCGCCGGCCAAAGUGUGUCAUCGGGCCGACUGCUGCGCAGCUGCUCGUGCCCGGAGAUCCCGUCGCUGUUUACCUCGCUCCCUCGCCAGCCGCCGCUCGCUUUGGUCCCGGCGCAUCUUCCGGACAGUCCACGGCGCGCCCGCCGCCACACGGUGAGCAGCGUGGAGGUGGAGCGAGAGAUCGCCCCGCUGUGCCUACGCAAGGAGGUGUUCCCGUCCCGGCGCUCCUUCACGUGCGACGGGCAGAACCCGCCGCCCGCCCUCUCGCCCGGCUCCUCGCUGUCGGCUCUGGCUUCCUGCUUCCUGUCCAGCCCGCUGGCCUUCCUGUCGGGGAAAGGCGAGGGAAGAGCGGCGGGGCCUGACGCGGCGGUGGCGGCGGCGGCCUCUUCAUCUGCUUCUUCACCGACGACAGAUUCCUCGUUUGGCGCCCGAGAGGCGUGCGCCGGCUCAAGCGGCGGGAGCGACGGCAGAACGCCCAGCGAAGACGACGACGAGGACACGGGAUCCUCCGGUCACGAGUUUGACGAAGCGGCGGCAGCGCUGAGAGAAGAGAAAUCUCUGUCUGACUCUGAGCUGAAGGUGCCACAGAAUCAGCAGCAUCACGGCAAGGUGUCGUCCAUUCGCAUCCGAAGGGCGCUGCCCAAACCUCCCAACAAUCUGACGCCCAUGGGCCUCCCCAAGGCCGUCAGGCUCAAGAAGAAGCAGUUCAGCUUGGAGGAAAUUUACACCAACAAGAACUUUAACAAAGUCCCUGAGAGCCGACUGGAAACCGUCUUCGAGGUGCCGCUCAGCCGCCGCGACGGUUCCGAGUCUCGUUUUGGCCAGCGCCGCUUGAAGCGCUUCCUGAAGUUCCACGAAGUGGGCGAGGCCCGCAAGCCCAAGAAGGUACCACCGAGCGGUGGCAAGGCAUCAUCCCGCACUAGACGGGGGGGCUACGCCAGGGCCGACCCGUCCCUCCUGCCGCCGCCCGACGCCGACUCGCUUCUGUGCGCCAAACUGAAGCAGCUUGACUUGUGGCUCAUUGACGACCAGGCGGACGGCGCCUGUUGACUUUCCCCAACGUUGCUAUGGUUACCACAAGAUGGCAGUUCUGGCAGCUCUUAUUUAUUACUGUUAUUGCUUUCUGCGUGCAUUAUUGUUUUGGUUGACAAGGCGGCCUUGUUUGUUUUGCAUCCAAGCGUACACGUUUCUUUGAAAGCAUUUAUUACGUCUGUACGGAAAGUGUCAAAGGAAGAAUGCAAUAAUGCCGCUUGUUUCCUUACCGUGGUGGCUAAUUUAUGAACUUUUCUACAAGCUUUGCUAUUACAUAUUGUGUUGAGCAUU